AUGGCCACGCCUAAAUGGAAAAUCGCAAUAGGCUGCGAUGAAGCCGGUGUUGGCUACAAGGACGCCAUCAAGGCCGACUUCGAGAAAGACGAGCGUGUCGAACUAGUCGAAGACGUCGGCAGCCACGGCCGCGACGACAAGACAGCAUACCCUCUCCGCGCCGCCGCCGCAGCGAAGCUUGUCGCAGACGGGACCGUCGAUCGAGCCGUGUUGAUAUGUGGAACGGGACUGGGCGUCGCCAUCGCCGCGAACAAGGUCAAGGGCGUGCGCGCUGUGACGGCCCACGACAGCUUCUCUGUCGAGCGGGCUGUGUUGAGCAACAAUGCCCAGGUCUUGUGUCUUGGCGAGCGGGUUGUGGGACUUGAGCUGGCGAGGAGGUUGGCCAAAGAGUGGUUGGGCUAUGUCUUUGACCAUACGAGUGCGAGUGCAGCAAAGGUCCAGGCCAUCACGAAUCUAGAGAAUGAAUAA